GGUCCCCGCCCCAUCUCUUCUUCGUAGCGGCAAUCAAAGCCUUCCCACCUGUACCGUUUGCAAUUCCUGCUUCGCAAUCUACACAGAAGUAUGGAGGCACUCCGUUCCGCAAUGACAUUGUUGCCUCUUGUGAGCCCAACACACUCCAAAUUGGAGCCGCCUUUGUUAUUUGGGUCUGUCAAUAAUGGCCGCCGCCAUUCCGUCAAACCGUUCAUCAAGGCCACGCUGUCAAAACCGGCUGCUGAGGUUCCUGCGAAGCCGUCAUCAGCGGUUGCUCCCAGGGAGAAUCAGGUACCGGCCAUGCAUUCUCCGCCGGUGACCACUCUCAAGAGAGUCUCUCCCAAUUCCCUGCAGUACCCCGCCGGCUACCUUGGUGCUGUGCCGGAGAGAAAGCUGGAUGGGAGUGACGAUAUCAUUGAUGCUAUGGGUUAUUUGACGAAUAUACUGUCUUCGAAGGUAUAUGAUGUGGCCAUCGAAACGCCAUUACAGUUGGCGCCAAAGCUGUCUGAGAGAUUGGGAGUUAAGAUUUGGCUCAAGAGAGAGGAUUUGCAACCUGUUUUCUCUUUCAAGCUCCGUGGAGCUUAUAAUAUGAUGGCAAAGAUUCCAAAGGAACAGUUGGAAAGAGGGGUUAUAUGUUCUUCAGCCGGAAAUCAUGCCCAAGGGGUUGCGUUAUCUGCCAAGAGACUGGGUUGCGAUGCUGUGAUUGCUAUGCCUGUUACUACACCAGAAAUCAAAUGGCAAUCUGUUGAGAGAUUAGGUGCAACAGUUGUUCUUGUGGGGGAUUCUUAUGAUGAGGCACAAGCAUAUGCUAAAAAACGGGCCAAAGAGGAGGGUCGCACUUUUAUACCUCCCUUUGAUCAUCCAGAUGUCAUCAUGGGGCAGGGGACAAUUGGAAUGGAAAUUGUGCGUCAAAUGCAAGAGCCACUGCAUACAAUAUUCGUCCCUGUUGGAGGUGGUGGACUAAUAGCUGGUAUUGCUGCUUAUGUGAAGAGGGUUAAUCCAGAGGUAAAGAUUAUUGGGGUGGAACCCUCUGAUGCAAAUGCCAUGGCUUUGUCACUGCAUCAUGGUGAGAGAGUGAUGUUGGACCAGGUUGGAGGUUUUGCUGAUGGUGUGGCUGUGAAAGAAGUUGGUGAAGAAACAUUCCGCUUGUGCAAGGAUUUGAUAGAUGGCGUCGUUCUUGUCAGCCGUGAUGCGAUCUGUGCCUCAAUAAAGGACAUGUUUGAAGAAAAGAGAAGCAUUUUGGAACCAGCUGGUGCUCUGGCCCUUGCUGGAGCCGAAGCAUACUGCAAGUAUUAUGGUCUUGAGGGAGAAAAUGUUGUUGCUUUAACAAGUGGGGCAAACAUGAAUUUUGAUAAACUAAGGGUUGUUACAGAACUGGCCAAUGUUGGUAGGAAGCAAGAGGCUGUGCUUGCAACUAUGUUGCCUGAGGAGCCUGGGAGCUUCAAACAUUUUUGUGAGCUGGUCGGCCCUAUGAAUAUCUCCGAGUUCAAAUAUAGAUAUAAUUCUGAUGAGGAUGCUGUUGUUCUCUAUAGCGUUGGUGUUCAUACUGAUUCAGAUCUUGAAGCUAUGCUUGAGCGGAUGGAAUAUUCUUCUCUGCAAACUUACAAUCUCACAUCAAGUGACUUGGUGAAAGAUCACUUGCGGUAUUUGAUGGGAGGCAAAUUAAAUGUUCCGAAUGAGGUUCUUUGCCGCUUUAUAUUUCCAGAGAGGCCUGGUACUCUGAUGAAGUUCUUGCACACUUUCAGCCCUCGCUGGAACAUCAGUUUAUUCCACUAUCGUGGAAAGGGUGAAACUGGUGCAAACGUAUUAGUUGGAAUUCAGGUUGCCAGGUCUGAAAUGGAUGAGUUCCACAGUCGUGCCAACAGUCUUGGAUAUGACUACGCUGUAGUCACUGACAAUGUUGAUUUCCAGCUUUUGAUGCAUUGGCCGGAACCACCCCCGUGAUUUAGACAUGGCUGAAUCAAGGAGGCUAGACGGUACAUUUAUAGUAUCGAGUGCUAUAGAGGGAAAACCAAGAUCUCUGGACUCUAAUCAGCAGAGAGAGAUGGUGCCUUCUCGGCUAAUGUUAGCUAUCUUGUUGUAACUUGUCAUUUUUUAUAUUUAUAAUUAGCGGAUCAUUUAUUUAUGUAGCAGUGGAUCAACUGUUAAUUUUCUAGUAGUUAUCCUUGUUACUAUGUAUAACCUGACUCUGGUUCACUACGCGGAGUGUUACCUCGUGUAUAUAGUACUGUAAGGAAAACGGUUGCUUAGAAGGAUCUUUGUGAUUUGAUUAGUGCAAGUUAUAAGCAUUGUGGAUGCUUCUUUU